AACACAUAAGUACUCGAUGUUUACAGUGGUUAAAUAGAUAGGCCUGGCGCUGUACAUUAUGGGUAUCAAGAAGACUGCCAUACAGCUGUACAGUGCAAGAAUCACGAGGCAACUUGAAGGUAAUCUCAGUGUUACAUUGACAAUUUGACCACGGUUCCGCGGCAAACCAGCUCAAAGUCCUCGUAAAUCCACAAAGCGGGCCCCCCGCGUUACAGGGUCAACCGGGUCCAAGAGAGAUGUCCAAAAGAACUGCAGUUCCAUGUUACAUGUUUGUUGGAGGCCUUCCAACGUCAUGCCAUUUCCAACAUACCGAGCUCUGUUGAAGUCCAUAAAGACCACGACACAAGAUGCAAACUAUUCUUCAGUUUGGCUAGGUUUUCUUUUGUAUUUGCAUUGUGCAAAGUGAAUGGCUGGUUGUUGGAUAUGCAGUUGGACUCUGUUUUACCGCAAGCACUGGGUCGAGGCAAGGCAGAAAAAUGCACUGCCACCAUGGGAUCAGGCCAAAGUAGACUCAAAAGCUUUCUCAAAAACACUCUUGCUACCCAAGACCAACUUUCCUCUCUGGGCCGACCCGUCAAAAAGAGAAGUUCCGUUCAGACAUAGGACGUGUGACGAACUGUACCGCUGGCAGUGGGAGAAUGCGGAUGGACCUUUAUUUGUGAUGCAUGACGGGCCCCCGUAUGCAAAUGGCCACUUACAUAUGGGCCACGCUCUGAACAAGAUCAUUAAGGAUAUAAUCAAUCGUUACCAUGUUCUCCUCGGUGAUAGGGUGCACUACUUUCCAGGAUGGGAUUGCCACGGCCUCCCUAUUGAGAACAAAGCAUUACAAGAACUAAGGAAAGAUGCAUUGUCGUUGCCGGCGAAUACUAUCCGCUCCGUGGCGAAAGCCACGGCGGAGAGAGAGAUGAAAACUCAGAAGGACGAAUUCGAACAUUUUGGCAUUAUGGCAGAUUGGAGCACAGAGUCGACGUAUCGUACAUUAGACCAUGACUAUGAGAUCCGUCAGCUAAGAAUAUUUCAAAAGAUGGUUGAGAAGGGUUUGAUUUAUAGGCAUUACCGACCAGUACAUUACUCUCCAUCGUCACAUUCCGCAUUAGCAGAGGCAGAACUCACCUACAAGGAUGAUCACGUAUCGCACUCGGUCUACGUUUCUUAUAGUCUCGACCUGAAAGCUGAGAAAAUGAGCACAGUGCUUCGUGAAAUUUUAGCUCAGGAGCCUCGCGCAGACCUUCUCGUCUGGACGACUACCCCAUGGACUUUGACAGCCAACAUGGGUAUUGCCGUACAUCCUGAGUUGACAUACACUGUGUUAAGACGAAAUGGGGCACCUGGAAAUGGGGUUCUAAUUGUGGCCAAGGACCGUAUUCUGUCAUUAACGGAAGUUGUUGGUCCCAUAGAGGUAAUUGCCGAUAUUAAAGGUUCUGAUCUGGUAGAUGCUCCAUAUUUGCCAUUGUUCUCCCCGUCUGGUGCCAUCGUUCCCAUCCCUUACAAGAUUAUACCUGCGUCUCACGUCACAUCUGAUUCUGGAACUGGUCUCGUACAUUGCGCGCCUGCUCACGGCGGAGAAGAUUACCAGGCCUUCCGUACCCUCGGCCUUAUAAACUCACAUAAUCCCAACAGUAUCAUCUGCCACGUUGAUGAGGCUGGUAAAUUUACGCAUAAAGUCGCGGAUGUCGUCGGCGAAGAAGCUGCUUUGACAGUGAUUGGUCAAGAGGUAUUGAAGGAUGGCGGAAAGGCUAUUGUUAAAUUACUGGAGCAUACCGGAAAGCUCGUUAAAGUGCAAAGGAUCAAACAUCGUUACCCGUAUGAUUGGAAAACCAAUGAGCCUAUCAUUGUAAUUGCCACUUCGCAAUGGUUUGCAAAUCUGGAUAAUAUCAAGGACGAUGCACUCAAUGCAUUGAAGGACGUGAUAUUCUUCCCGCCGGCAUCUCGCAACCGUCUCGAGUCAUUUGUUCGAUCCCGUUCAGAAUGGUGCAUCUCCCGUCAGCGCGUAUGGGGUGUUCCUAUUCCCGCUCUAUAUAACGCACACACAAACCAGCCCGUACUCAAUACCGAGUCUUUGGAUCAUAUUCUCAAGGUGCUAGAAGAGAAGGGCGUAGCUUAUUGGUGGGACGGCCCUGUCGAGGACUUCUUGACCCCGCAACUUGAAGCAGAAGGCGGAGCAAAUGCCUGGAGGAAAGGGACUGACACAAUGGACGUGUGGUUUGACAGUGGAACUAGUUGGUCGAUGCUCAAAGCACUCAAGGAAGACACUCCAAGCCGGCAGUUUGAGGCUGAUAUAUGUCUGGAAGGGUCUGACCAGCAUCGUGGUUGGUUCCAAAGUCAGCUUCUGACGGCUAUUGGCUCCGCAUCUGAACAGCCUAGCAGCCCGUAUGCGACAUUGAUCACGCACGGUAUGGUUUUGGAUCAGGAAGGGAAGAAGAUGAGCAAAUCGCUCGGUAAUAUUAUCAGUCCUAUGACCAUCAUCAACGGAGGCAAAGAUAAGAAAAAGGAGCCCGCAUAUGGAGCCGACGUCCUACGAUUAUGGGUUGCAACAGUAGAGUACUGGCGUGAUAUGUCAAUCGGUCCAACGGUUCUAAGUCAAGUAGCAGAAUCAAUGAGAAAGAUUCGCAAUUCUGCUAGGUUCAUUCUGGGAAAUAUUGGAGAUAUCGACAGUCGUAAAAAUUUUCAGCGUGUGGAGAAAGAGGACUUAGGCCUGGCCGAACGAUAUGUCAUGCACGAACUUUACAAGCUGGAAAAAGUGGCUCACGAGGGUUAUGCCUCUUACAAUUUCCCAAAAGUCAUCAACUCUUUGACGAAUUUUGCAAACCUCACCUUGUCAUCGCUAUACUUCGAUAUCACAAAAGACUGCCUAUAUGCAGACUCAGUGCAUAGCAUGAAAAGGAGAGCAGUUGUAACUGUUCUGGAAAAUAUCCUGAACUCCAUAAUCUCAGUGAUGGCGCCUGUCCUCCCUCACCUAGCUGAAGAAAUCCACUUCCAUGCUUCACAUACCGUGCAUGGCGCAGACCCUGCCAGGUCCAUUUUUACAAAGAAGUGGACGUCUCUGAGUCCAGAAUGGGAAGACAUCUCAGCAGAAGAGGACAUGAAUCAUCUGCUCCGAGUUCGCAGCGCAGUGCUUUCGCUCUUGGAAAAAGCUCGUGGCCAUAAGCACCUGAAAAGUUCACUUGAGGCGGAAGUAGACAUUAUUCUUCCUGGAGACGUUGCGGUUGAGAAACCCAGGGUUGUGCAAUUACUGGAGCGUGAAGAGGAUUUUUUGAAGACGCUGUUCAUCGUCUCAGACGCCUACGUCACGGACGAAGGAUCGCUAGGUGCAGAGUCCCCUGAAUGGAGCUAUGUUGAUACGAUGUCAUUGCCUGGUCUCGAUUCUGAUAUAGCUGUUCGGAUACGACCUGCCACUCGUAGCAAGUGCCCGCGAUGUUGGACAUUCACUCGUCCAGAAAGCGAUACGUUGUGUUCACGCUGUGCGGACGUCAUCCCACCGUAGAACGUAUUUUAUAUAAUAUUUGAUUCUUGUAGCUUAGCAUUUUCAUAUUUCAAGAUGUCGGAGAGAAAAUAUCAAUAGUAUUCUGAUUCCCC